GGCGGGGCGGGGCGCGGCGGGCCCCGCGUCCCUCUCGCGCGCGGUCGCUCUCCUCCCUCACAGGCGGCACGUCCGCGGUGAGUGAGUGGCGUUGGCGGGCUGUCAAUCCUCGCCGCGCGGCCGGCGGCGGGCGGCGGGCCAUAAAUUCCGGCGGGCCGGUAUUUUUGCACAUUGCUUCGCAGAGAGUGUGUAAUUAAUUUUUUUGUUGAAUUUUUUUUGUUUUUUCUUUCUUUCUUUUUGUUUUUUUUUUCCACAGUUCUUUCCCCGUUAUUUCCGCUCUUUUUUUGCACAAGUUCAAACUUUUGAUUGCUGCUGCCUCACCCCCGCUGCACAGACCGGGGACCAUUUGUUAUUAUUUUGUAAGGGGGGAGGGCGAUUAAUUUUUUUAAUUAUUACUAUUCUUUUUUUCCCCGAUUGUGUUUUCUUGGCUUUUUUUAUGUUGCAGUUUGGGGGUGGGGGUGUUCGCCUGGUUUGUUGUGGUUUUUGCCGUUUGCCACCCUCCUAACUUCUUCAGGAUUUGAAAGCGAGUUUUAUUUUUGUUAUUUUGGCUUUUAUUAUUUUUUAUUAUUUUUAAUUUUGCCUUUUUUUUUUUGCAAAGAAGAUUUUUGGACAAGUGGGGAAAGACAUAAAAAAAAAGCAACAAUAAAAAUAAAAAAAUAAAACCACAAAUAGAGCUGUGGAGGAAGAUUGUACCAGGAAAACUGCAGAGACACCCCACCAGCUCAUCCAUCCAAGCCACAGAGAUGAUGAUGAUGAUGAAGGAAGAUUGUAACUAAGGAAGAGAGUGAUUUACAGCACCGGGAAGGAGAGGAGAGUGGAAUAAACAGCUGAGAUCCGGUCAAAACACAAAUACUGAUUUUUUUUUACUCCUGUUGUUGUUUUGUUUGGCUUUUUCCCCUCUUUCUCCGUCUCGGGGGUGCGCGGGCGCCGAGCGGACCCGGCGCUGCCCCCCCCCCGGCCCGGCCCGCGGGAGCCAUGGACGAUCAGUCCAGGAUGCUGCAGACUCUGGCCGGCGUCAACCUGGCCGGGCACUCGGUGCAGGGGGGCAUGGCCCUGCCUCCUCCCCACGGACACGACGGGGCAGACGGCGACGGCAGGAAGCAGGACAUCGGCGACAUCCUCCAUCAGAUCAUGACCAUCACUGACCAAAGCCUGGAUGAGGCACAAGCAAAGAAGCACGCGUUGAACUGCCACAGGAUGAAACCCGCCUUGUUCAGCGUCCUCUGCGAGAUCAAGGAGAAAACAGGUUUGAGCAUCCGAGGAGCCCAGGAGGAAGACCCUCCCGAUCCCCAGCUAAUGAGACUAGACAAUAUGCUUCUGGCAGAAGGAGUCUCAGGUCCGGAGAAAGGUGGGGGAUCGGCGGCAGCAGCUGCAGCCGCAGCAGCCUCUGGAGGGUCUUCAGAUAACUCUAUUGAACACUCAGAUUACAGAGCCAAAUUGACCCAGAUCAGACAAAUCUAUCACACAGAGCUGGAGAAAUAUGAACAGGCAUGUAAUGAAUUUACCACACAUGUGAUGAACCUUCUCAGAGAACAGAGCCGGACACGUCCCAUUUCUCCCAAGGAGAUUGAAAGGAUGGUGGGCAUCAUUCAUCGAAAAUUCAGCUCCAUCCAGAUGCAACUCAAACAAAGUACUUGUGAAGCAGUAAUGAUUUUAAGAUCAAGGUUCCUCGAUGCCAGACGGAAAAGGCGUAACUUCAGUAAACAAGCCACGGAAAUCUUGAAUGAGUAUUUCUACUCCCACCUCAGUAACCCCUACCCCAGUGAAGAAGCCAAAGAAGAGCUGGCAAAGAAAUGCAGCAUCACGGUAUCGCAGGUGUCCAACUGGUUUGGCAAUAAGAGAAUCAGGUACAAGAAGAACAUCGGGAAGUUCCAGGAAGAAGCCAAUCUCUACGCGGCAAAGACGGCUGUGACCGCAGCGCAUGCCGUGGCCGCGGCGGUCCAGAACAACCAGACAAACUCCCCCACCACACCAAACUCUGGUGGAUACCCUGCGUCAUGUUAUCAAUCAGACGGGAGGAUACAAUGAUGGCUUGGGAGGAAAUUCACUGUACAGUCCACAUAAUUUAAAUGCUAAUGGAGGCUGGCAGGACGCAACUACUCCAUCUUCUGUGACUUCCCCUACAGAAGGGCCGGGAAGUGUGCACUCUGAUACCUCUAACUAAUCUCCUAGCAACACUUUUUCCCUGAGCUGAGAUGCCUUGAUUAGCGCAUUCAGAGCCACAGGAGAAAAAGGAAAAGAGUUUUUUUGUAGCCAACCACCUACAGCUUUACUGUAAAACCUUGUCUUAUUAGAAAAACUUGGUAAAUCUGUUUUUUAAAGGUAUCAUAAUCAUUUGUAUUUAUACUUAAAACACACAAUGUUAAAAAGCACUUUAUCCAAUUAGGCCAAGAUUUAGCAUUGUUUAUAGCCCUGUAACUAUUUUAUCAUAAUUUAUUAUCAGCAGUUUUAACAAUGUUGGUCUAACAGUUGCCAAUUACUUGGCCUUAAGGGUAAAAGUACAGGACAAGCUUAACCUCAAUAGCAAGAGCAGACACAAAGAACCGCCUCACCUAAAUUUAACUUUGUGCAUAUUUCCAUGGAAAGUCGGAAUGAAUUGCAGACUUUGAUUGUGUUUCCUCUUUUCAUAUCUCUUAUAGAGUUGGAAUAAAAAGAGCUGUUCGGUUAUUUCGGUUAACAAUGGUUGUGUUUAAGAAUCCUUAUUCGUCACAUUUUUGUUGUGAUCUGUUGUCUUACAAAUUAGAUUGGAAACCAGGAACAUCUUUUCUUGCUAAAACUACCCCGGACCCUGAGUCUCCUCCCUGUGUUUCGACACCGGCCAUAGGUUGUACUUAGGAGAUGAAGACACUUGCUGCUGAUGUCUGUGAAAGCCAAGACCCGGGGUUUUACAGUACGAGCUAGGUGCUGCACACGCCUGCCAAGGCUUGGUACCUCUUCUUGGCAGCACACCGCAAACAAAGGAAAAAGGCAAAGGAAAAAAAGCACCAUCAUAUGGAGUGUUGUACAUAGUGUAGCAAAAGAGUAUUUAUACAUCUCACCAAUCAAACACAGCUUUAUUACCUCAUGCGAACUCAUACAAACCAAUAGACUUUCAACAUGUUCUGUAGCUUAGAGUGCUCACUUACUACCUCUGAACGAUACUCACGCUGUAGUUUGUCUCUUUCUUAUCUUUUUUGCAUCUUGUAAUUAACUCUUUGUUUCCCCAUGAAAUGUAAUGUACAUUGUAAUCUUUUAAAAGAAUCAGGGUUGCUUGGGCAACUUUUAAAGAAGCGAAAAGUGGGAACAUGGGGGUCUGGGGUUUAACACAAACCAGUGCAACUGUUGUAAAUACUGAGAAACAUUUUGAAUGUUCUUCAUCUUGUUACUAAUCCACACAGAAAACCAACAACUAAUUGUAAUGCAUACAGACUUCAGUAUUCAGUACUGUAUAUUGCCCCCUGUGUAACAGGGGGCCCUUUCUUUCUCUCUUUUGUAUUGUAUGCGAUUCUGAAACUGAUUGAGUCAUGAAAAUAAUUUGUGGCAGUGAUUCUAAUGUAUUAAACCGUUUCGUGUUACUUUCUAACUGGAUUACACCCUGGAUUGAAAAGUCUUCCUCGUGGUAGUUAUAUGUAGUUUCAAACAUGAAUAAACUUUUUGCUUUCAUGAUCAAA